AAGCCAAGGAGGCUUCCAAGGACCUCGAGCAAGUGGCACCAGAAGCGCGCGGGCCGGGCACCCCGCGGGAGGACGCAGCGGCCGGAGAAGGCAGCUCCCCCCCCCCUCCUCCUCCCCCGUUGCAAAGCGCCUGCUGCUGCCGGGGCCGCAGGGAAGGAAGAGCCCGGGCGCUGCGGGACUAGCCUGGCUGCGGAUGCUCGGGGCGUGGUUUUUCCACGGAGCGGCAUAGAGCGCGCGCCCCCGCGCGGCGUGGCGAGGCCUCUCCCCCCAGGGAUGUCUCCGUGGCGGGCGGCCGCCGCCGUCCGGGGAGCCGCGGCGGAGUGACAGCCCGGGAGGGAUGCCGCAGCCAGGCGCCGCCCAGCGAGCCCCCCCUGCAAGGCACCGAGCCCCGGCGGGUCGCGGCCGGCGGGGUCCGCGCGGCAUGAGUCCCCGGAGAAGCCAUGGGCUGCGGCGGCGGGGCUAGAGCGCAGCCCGGGAUCCGCGCAGCCGAGGGACUUGCCCUCUCGCUACUGAGCCUCGCCCGGAGAAGUAACUUCCCGAGCCCCGCACGCACCGGAUACAAGCCCCCGCCCGGCUGGGCACCCCCUGGCUCUGCCCACUUCUAUGUGGAGCCCGCGUCCAUGGCCGGCCCCCAGCGCGCUGCUUAGGCGCUCGGCGGGCUCCUAAAGGUUGACCAUGGUGGCCGCCACCCGCUCCUUGCUGGCGCUGCUGCUCUACCAGGUGCUGCUGGGCGGCUCGGCCGGCCUCAUCCCGGAGGUGGGCCGGCGGCGCUUCAGCGACUCGGGCCGCGCCGCCCCGCCGCCCUCGGAGGACCUGCUGAGCGAGUUCGAGCUGCGCCUGCUCAACAUGUUCGGGCUGAAGCGGCGGCCGAGCCCCAGCAAGAGCGCCGUCAUCCCGCCCUACAUGCUGGACCUCUACCGCCUGCACGCGGGCCAGGCCGCCCUGGGCUCCCCGCUGGAGAGAGCCGCCAGCCGCGCCAACACGGUCCGCAGCUUCCACCACGAAGAAGCUUGGGAAGAUCUGCCAGAAGCGAGUGGGAGAACAGCACGGCGUUUCUUCUUUAAUUUAACUUCCGUCCCUAAUGAGGAGUUUCUCACCUCCGCUGAACUUCAGAUUUUUCGGGAGCAGGUGCAGGCAACCUUUGAGAACACUAGCAGCUACCAUCACCGUAUUAAUAUUUAUGAAAUUAUAAAGCCAGCCACUUCUAAGGAUCCUGCAACAAGACUUUUGGACACCAGGUUGGUGCGUCAGAAUGCAAGUAAAUGGGAAAGCUUUGAUGUAACACCAGCUGUAAUGAGGUGGAUUGCACAUAGACAGCCUAAUCAUGGGUUUAUAGUAGAGGUGGUUCACUUGGACAAUGAGAGCAGUGUUUCUAAGAGGCACGUUAGGAUUAGCAGGUCUUUGCAUCAGGAUGAAGACAGCUGGUCUCAGCUGAGGCCAUUGUUAGUAACUUUUGGCCAUGACGGCAAGGGACACCCUCUCCAUAAAAGAGAGAAACGCCAAGCAAAGCACAAACAGCGCAAACGCCACAAAUCCAGUUGCAAAAGACAUCCAUUAUAUGUGGACUUCAAUGAUGUGGGGUGGAAUGACUGGAUUGUUGCCCCUCCAGGAUAUGGUGCCUUUUACUGCCAUGGGGAAUGCCCUUUUCCACUGGCGGACCACCUAAACACAACAAACCAUGCCAUUGUUCAGACUUUGGUCAAUUCCGUGAAUUCCAAAAUCCCUAAAGCUUGCUGCGUUCCGACAGAACUGAGUGCUAUCUCUAUGCUCUACCUUGAUGAGAACGAAAAAGUUGUAUUAAAGAACUAUCAAGAUAUGGUUGUAGAGGGUUGUGGGUGCCGCUAACACAGCAAAAUAUAUUAGACAAAUACAAAAAAAAGCUGACACUUUAAUAUUUCCCAAUGAAGACUUUAUUUAUGUAAUUAAAUGGAAAAAAAUACACCUAUUUUGAAAAUAUAUUUAUGUCCACAAAAAAGUUGGGAAAACAAAUAUUUUAAUCAGAGAAUUAUUCCUUUAAAAGAUUUUUAAAUGUAUUUUAGUUGUACAUUUUAUAUGGGUUUAAUCCCAGCACAUGAAGUAUAAUGGUCAGAUUCUUAUUUUGUAUUUAUUUACUAUUAUAACCACUUUUUAGAAGAAUAGAUAAUUUGUAUUUAUAUGUAAUCAAAAGAAAAAAAUAUAGGGUUUGUACAUAAUUUUCCCAAAUUGUAGCUGUUUUAAUUGUGUGUAUUUAAAUUGAAAAGAAUACAUGGAAGGUUACUAUGGCAAAGUGCAUAGUACAUUUGCUUUCUGCUGUGCUACUGUUAAGGUCACAAGUUCAAGUCCAGAAAAAAGUGGAUAAUCCACUCUGCUGACUUUCAAGAUUAUUAUAUUGUACAAUUCUCAGGAAUGCUGCAGGGUGGGCUGUCCAAUCCAUGAGAACUGGCAUCCUCUUUAGGUGGAACAUUUGGAUAAGAACCAAACAUUGCUGAUCUAGUAUAAAUACUGUGAUUCCCAACUAAUUUGCAGAGUGAAUACAAGCAGGGCCAAUAGAAAUCUUUAGGAAAAAAGGCCGAACUCCUCUUAAACCUACAGAAAAGUGAAUGUUUGUCAUUCUUCUCCUUUACUAGUCUUCUCUUUUAAAUCCUUAUCCUGGCCAAAUAUUAAAUAAUAAAAUAUGAUUUCUUUAUUUUUUGUGUGUGGCUAUAUAUGCUAAAAAGGAGCAACACUUUUAUUUCUACUGGCCCUUUUCUCUAAGAGUUGGGAAUACAAUUCUUUUUUCUUCUCUCAAAUGAGAGCUUAUUUGUGUGGAAUGCUAUAGAAAAAUAAUCUCCAAACUUUGCCCUAAAGUACAGCAAACUAUUAUCUCUAGACUCUAUCUACUUUUACCUGUUGGUUUUGCUGACUUGCAAAGUAGCUUUGUCUCCCUCUCCUCACUCCCCCCAGGGUCUUGUUUUGAAAGCAUUCCCCCACCAAAUAUUAAACCUCUUUUGGAUAAUAAAUAGGGCUCUGGCAUUUCAUUCUGCAAAGUCCAAUCUGCAAGAGUAAAUGGUUGAAUAUCAAAGAAAUUGUGUUUUCUGGGUUUCCUUCUUCAAUUUUUUUUAUAUAUUUUUAAAAGAGCAACAUCAUGAUUUGCAGUUAGUAAUCAAGGCAUUAAUCACAGCUCUUACUUACACCAAGAGUCUUGUAACUGUUCAGUAACAGUUUGCAAGUAAUUUGUAGAUGGGAUGAGGACACAGAAGCUGGGUUCCUUUUUGCAUUGGAAAAGCUGCCAAGUAUGAGACUAAAAAGUACCUCAGGUUGGCUUCUUGGUGAUGUACUGUAAAUUGGACUGAAUCCAAGUGCAGAAUGAAAUUAAAUUUGCUUACAGGUGGUAAACUUGUUCCAACAUUCAGAACUCUUAGUUCUAAAAAGCUGUAGAAUUGGCCAUAGAAUAAUGUUUCUGUGAUUUCCUCCAGGAACUAAAAGUUGCUUUGUUUGGAUUUGAAAAUGUAAAUACACCAACCAAAACCUUUGCCAGAAGGUGGUACUUCUCUAUCCAGGAACCCCUUGGCUCUGAACUGCCAGUCAUUAACUUGCUUAAUGUUUGGGGAAGUUUUGAGCUACUAAUAAAAAACAGUAUACUACAUUGAAUGUACUAAUUGGGCUUGUUGGUCAAAAGAUUCCCAACUAGAUUAUACCUUUAAGACCUUUUAAAGUAUAAUUCUUCUAUCUCUGCCCCCAAAUAAAUCUGUAAAUGCAACUGUUAUUAGAGGUAACAGGAAAGAAAAAUUAGUCAUUACUGAUUGGAUUCUGCCCUUUUUUCUUUUGUGAGCCUAAAAUGUUUGUUAGGCUCAUCUGUGAACUUGUGGCAGGAUAAGUUUUUGUGGGUUUUUUUUUUUUUUAAUUGACAGACACUCACUCACUUUACUCUAGCAAUAUCAUUUAAAGAGAUCGUCCAUUCUAUAGCUUUGUUUAUUUUGGAACACCUAACACUUAUUUGUAAUGGUGAUUCAAGAUUGUUGCCUGUGUUUUUGCUUGAGGGCCGGCCCCCUUGGUUUCUAAAGUAUUUUGUGAAGAUAUGAUUAGGCCAUUUUAACAAUGGCUUAUUUUAACUUUCAGCUCCUUACUCCCUUAAACAUACGCCCAGGGUGCGUCUAGACUGGCAAGAUUUUGCGCAAAAGUGGCCGCUUCUUGUGCAAAUACUUUCACACUCCUG